CAGGUUUGCCCUUUGUCAAAUGCAGAUCCACAGGUGCCCCCACCUCCCAGGGCUAGAGUGAGACUCUGGCCACCAGUGCCAAGGCAUGGGCACCCAAGUGGCCGACACUCCGGAGGGGGACUUAUUGCCAACAGGGACUCUGGAGGUCAAAGAAGAAACAGGGGUGAGGGCCCGCAUUCAAUCCUCAGCUUGGAGAAAACCCAAAUCUGAACCCAGGAUGGGAGACACACUGCCGUGGGUGAGGGCACAAACCUGAGAGCCAGGCUGCCUGGGUUCAGAUCCAAACUCCUCCACCACUUCCUGUGUGGCCACAGGGAACUUCUGGGAGUCUCAAUUUUAUUCUCGUAAAAUGGGAAUAAUCAGAAGAGGGAUUUGAGGAUUCAAUUCAAUUAGAUGCACUGGAAACAGUGCCUGGCAGAUAGAAAUCGGUCAGGAUGUUACUAUUUCUAAUUGGUCAAAUGAGCUUCUAAGGUGCUGAAAUCACACAGGAAUCCCAGAAAUGGUGAAUGAGAGGGCAGAGUGUCAAAAGUCAAGAUUCCCAGGCCACCCCCACAUUCCUCCCAACACACAGUCUGGCACCCAGAAGAAACAUUUUCCUGGGGAUCUCCUGGGUCACUUCCCUCUGGGACUUCCCUUGUCCCUGAGGCAGAGAAAGGAAGAAAUUAUUUAAGGUCAUCCCUUUGGAUCUGAAGUUCUUCUGGAUCACCGGAAUUUCUCUCUAGAAAUGGUGCAGCGUCUUUACUCUGUCUGAGACCGGAACCUAGGAGAUUCGACUCAAAAUUGCAGUUGCACAAAACAUGUAUAUGUUGGGGGGCGUUAAUGGACUAGAUGUGAUGAUAAUAAAUCCUUUUUUCAAACUACCGUUAUCUGGAGGGCACUUCAUGAAACCUAAAGCAGGAGAGAAGUAAUUAUCAAAUCAGGAUCAGAUGAAGAAACCGAGGCCAAUGAAGAAGAGGAGCUUGUCCAAUUUCACGCUGCUAAUGACAGACCCAAGGUUGGAAAUCUCUCCCCCUGUGAAGCAGCCAGUCCCCAGGGAAGCUGCGAUGGGAGGAAUUCUGGAAUGCUAAUCCUGAGGUCUGGGUUUGAAUGUCUUUUCUGCAAUGGAUUGCCACUUUCCUCUUCUUGAAACGGGGGAAUUGCACAAAUACGAGAUUUAAUGCGGCAUGGAGGAACACACCAGGUUCGUGGUAGUACGUUCUAGGAAAAGAGCAGCUUCUUUCCUUCCUUAUCUUCUCUGGACCCGGUUCCCCAUUCACACGGCGAACCAGACAGGCCGCUCGCGCUCCCGCUUCCCCAGCAGACAGCAAAGGUCCCGCAGGGCGGAGUCGCGGCCGCCAGGUGGAGACAAAGCUCUGGCAACGCUGUGAGAGGUCGCACAUGCGCACUCCCGAGCGGCGCCCCGCCUUCCCACGCCCUGCACGUCACUUCCGGCGCGAGGGGCCGGGCUGGCCGGGCGAGGAGUGCGGGUCGGUUCAGUGCGCGCUGCCAGACGAGGCUCCCGCCGCCGAUUGACCCGCGCUCCGCCCCGCAGCCCGGCCGUUGCUGCGAUUACAGGGACCUUGGUAGCUAAUGUCAGAAGAAAGUGACUCUCUGAGAACCAGCCCUUCUGCGGCCUCGCUCUCUGAAAAUGAACUGCCACCACCACCCGAGCCCCCUGGCUAUGUGUGCUCCCUGACAGAAGAACUGGUCACCAAAGCCCGGGAAGAGCUGCAGGAGAAGCCAGAGUGGAGGCUUCGGGACGUGCAGGCCCUGCGGGACAUGGUGCGGAAGGAGUACCCCAACCUGAGCACAUCCCUCGAGGAUGCCUUCCUGCUGCGCUUCCUCCGCGCCCGCAAGUUUGACUACGACCGGGCCCUGCAGCUCCUGGUCAACUACCACAGCUGCCGCAGGAGCUGGCCGGAAGUCUUCAGCAACCUGAAGCCAUCGGCCCUAAAAGAUGUCCUUGAUUCCGGUUUCCUCACUGUGCUGCCCCACACUGACCCCAGGGGCUGUCACAUCCUCUGCAUCCGCCCAGACAGAUGGAUACCAAGCAACUAUCCAAUUACUGAGAACAUCCGAGCCAUAUACCUGACAUUAGAAAAACUCAUUCAGUCUGAAGAAACCCAGGUGAAUGGAAUUGUAAUUCUUGCAGACUACAAAGGAGUGAGCUUAUCAAAAGCAUCUCAUUUUGGCCCUUUUAUAGCCAAAAAGGUGAUUGGCAUCCUCCAGGAUGGGUUUCCCAUUCGGAUAAAAGCAGUCCAUAUAGUGAAUGAACCUCGGAUAUUUAAAGGCAUUUUCGCCAUCAUAAAACCAUUUCUGAAGGAGAAAAUAGCAAACAGAUUCUUCCUCCACGGGUCCGACCUGAACUCUCUUCACACAAACCUCCCGAGAAACAUUCUCCCCAAGGAGUACGGGGGCACCGCAGGAGAGCUGGACACUGCCAGCUGGAGCGCUGUGCUGCUGGCCUCAGAGGACGACUUUGUGAGGGAGUUCUGCCAGCCGGUCCCCGCCUGCGACAGCAUCCUGGGCCAGGCGCUGCUGCCUGAGGGACUGGCCUCGGACGUGCCGUGUGACGACUCCGUGCGAGCCGUGAAGUCACAGCUGUACUCCUGCUACUAGUCAGUCCCCUGGGAGUGUCGCCAUGUUCACACCCUUUCAUCCGUAGGACUUAUGGUCUGAGGCCUCGGUCCUGCUCCUCGUGAUGAAAUGGCAGCAUGAGGAACCGUCUGAAGACCUUUGCGGGUGAGCCCUGCUUGGGGUGAGCCUUUGGUUACUUAGAUUAUCCAGGGAUGACAUGGAAAGUUUCCCCAGUGAGCCCCACACAUUUGGAUUUGAAGUUACAUCUAGUUCUUAUGCAUCUUGGAAGCAAGAAAAGUUAGGACCGAAGUCAUUUUGAUGCCACUUUCCAGGAGAAGACAACACAAGUGGCCAGUCAGCACUACUCCUCUGAAACAGCUUGGCCGAACCUGCAAGGUGGCCGGAUGUGAAGCUUUGGGAGUCUGCCUUUUAAAAGAACCCUGAAGACCCCGUUGCUCAUCAGGAAACUUCCCAUUCCAGCUCCAUCACCGGGUUUGGAAAGUACCUUGCUGCUUUGUGGAGCACCAGGACCUAAGCACCUCUUCCUGAUGAGAUUGGGAAGCCAGAGACUUCAGAGCAUCCCUGGGAUUCACUGGUUGAAUCUUGCAGUAGAAAUAUCCCCCAAACCCAUAAAGCCUUAGCCCUGAUUCAGUCGGGUCAGACCAGGUCCUAGAAGUAUAGAAUCUUGCUCAGUGUAAAACACUGGAUCCUAGGCUUGUGUACCUAAAAGAAUUCUGGCCUAGGAGUCAGAGACCUGGGCUGCGGGUAUGUGACUGCAUAAGACACGGGCCCCUGUGGGUCUCACUUUCUCACCUAGAAAACGAGGCUGGAUGAAAUGAUGCUGAAGGGCCCUUUGGGCACAGAGGUUCUGGUAUUUGGUUUAGCUACUAGUAGGUUAUCUGCCUGGAGAGAUGGCUGUCUAGAUAGAGGUGGUCACAUCUGGUUUCUUACUAUACACAGACCUUUCCAUGAAGAAGUAGUGCCAUCUGGUCCUGCCUUUAAAAAAACUAGUAUGUGCAUUCCUAGGACUCAGUGACCCAACUUCCUUUUUGUAGUGAUGGUUAAAUAUUAAAGGAUGGCUUCUGUGAGGUGACCUGAAUGUUGUAGGAAUUCCUUCCAUCCCUGAGACCCUGGUAGGAUUUGGUAAACCCAGCUACGGUGGUUACAGUACUUGGGCUUCUUAAAUCUCAUCCCUGGAAACAUACACACACAUGGGCGGGUUGUUGCUGGGUCACCUCUGGGGCCUCUGCCUUCCCAGACUCCCUGAAGAGUGACGGUCUUUCUGCUCUGGGAGGACCAGUCAGCCUGAAUGGCAGUUCUGUAUUCCAGCAUUUUAGACCCUACCUGUCAAGAUUUCAGCCUUAACCCAGCCAUCAAGUUAGGUGGUUCAUCUGAUGGAUUUUGAAGUGUUUCCUUUCAUAUGUGAUCAUGAUGUUAAGUAGUGGAAAGUACUAUUUGUCAUACCUGUACCUUCUCUCUACAUUUAUUAGAAUAAGCAGGCAAGGCAGACGGUUCCAUUAGGGAGAGAAACAGCACUCUGAAAAUCAAAGGUCUUUAUUACUAAGCUAUUCAAGUUUACAGCACUUUCAGAAAUGCUUAAUUUGUUGGUGGAAAUUAAUUUACUUACCUCAUUUAAUGCCAAUUCCAGGGAAAGUUCUUUCCACCGUAGAGACAACCCUGAAUCCUGCAAGGUCUUGGCUGAACUGGAAGUGCCAAAAUAUACCCCUCUGGCUUCCAUUAGUUCUGGCUGAAAGCGAUGUGACUGGCAUUGCUGAAUAGACCUAGGCUUCAGUAGAAUGGCAAAGUACGUGGUUCAGAACACAGAGGCCUGGAUGGGAAGUUGGUUAGAGACUCUCUUAGGUUCCAGAGAGAAAAUAUGUGUAUGUGAAGUGGGGGACACACACACAAACUGCUAGACAGAGGGAUGAACUUUUGGCUCCACCAAGUGACCAAGGUUUACAUCCUGCAUCACAUUCCUGGCCAAUGGCCCUUGUCUAUGUGACUAAACAUGGGGAUGGCCAGGCUCACCUGGAGAGAGAGUUCAAAGGCCAGAAGGGAUAUUGCUGUUUCCCCAGCCUUUCCAGUUAGGUGAGAGGCCUCAACCUAGAUUUGUCUGCCUCCUGGAGCUGCUGGGCAUCGUGCUGGCUCAAGAGAGAGAUCAAAUGGUCUUGGCACCUCAGGAGGUGGGAAGCAAGCUGCCAAUCCAGGACCUCCCUGGUGGAAAGCAAGGCAGGGCAGUGGGGCAACCAGUCGGGCGCAGCAGACCUGGCUUCAUGGUGGAUACACCGCGGACUAGGGUUCAAACACCAGGCAUAAACUUUCCCGUGUACAGGUAGAGAGGCAUUGGGCAGGCACAGGGAUAGAAACUAGGAUAGCUGAUUUCCAGCUACAUCCUGCUACAUAUGUCCCUGAACAGGCCCCUGAACACCCCUGAAUCAUCAUGACCCAGGAGACCUAUAUCCUGAACCCUAAGCCCUGUGCUCCUGGCUUCAUUACCACAGGGACAACCUUUUUUACUGCCAUCUGGGAUUUUAGGAAAUUCUGGUCUGAAUGUAUCAGUAAAGCUUCCAAAAUGAAUGUGUUAGCUUGGGACUAUGGGACGACUUUUCUUUCUCUUCCCCAAUUCCCCUACAGGACUUCUGGAAAACUUGGUUUCUUCCUAGAAAUCUAUUCUACCGUUAUGGGGAGAAACGAUGAAAUCUGUCAAAAAUGCACCCCUGGCCUCUCGUGCUGGCUUUCCUGCUUCUGGCUGCAAAGGUGGAUGUGGAUCCCUCCCCUUCAUCCUGAUGUCACAAGCAGUCACCGCUCUUGGUUUCUGAGCACUUCCUGUUAUAAGACACUGCUUCUGCAGGAGGAGCUGGGGUGCUAAGAGGCAUUUCCCCUGAAUUCGAGACUUACCAAGUGGGCAGUGUCUGUAAUGCUAUUUUCAGAUCAAUCAUGGGAUUUUUCUUUCAUUUGGGCAACCAAAGCUGUAGUACUGUUGUGGCAUUAUUACAAUACCUCAUUUAAAGUGGUCGGCUUUUCAGGUUUUCCUUUGAAACCUCCUUUCGUUUAGGAGGGAAACGGUAGCUGACGUGUGGCCUUCCUGCAGCCAUGACAGCAUGGAGCUGCUCAGGAAGGCUGCCAACCUGCUAGCAGCCCUCAGCACCGGCAACUGUUAGUUUUGAAAAUCUAAAUUCCUUUCUGCUCUCCUGACUCAGAAAUGAUUUGCUUGAAAUGCAAGAAAGAACCAUCAAAUAUCCCUUCUCAGCAGGAGCUUUCUUCACAGGAAAUGUCCAAGGGAUGGUGGUGAUUGUGAUGCAUUUACUGGUUUUCAGUUUAGCUGGUUUUCAAGAGAACUCUCACUGGGCAGCCUGUUGAGUCAGGUAGGAAGUGGCAGGCUCUUGUGGAUAUGCCUCUGGUACCACUCUGGGAGCUGGGUUAAUGUCCAGGUUUGGGGUAUCAUUUCAGCCAGUGGUCACAUUCCUUGCUCCAAACUGAAAUUCAGUUUGGCUUUGAGUGUGGAGACACAUGAUGGUGGCUUCAUCUGUUUCAGUGUUUGUUUUGACCAAAAGUUUAUUUUUCUAGUGCAUUUUUCUAAGUCAAAGUGGUGAAAAUAUGUAAUUUUAGUAUGCAUGACUGGGUCUUAAUAAAAAUCCUGUAAGG